CAGACACACACAGACACACACACAUGGCAACUCCUUGGCAGGAUGCCUCUGGCGCUGGCCCAGUCAGCGAGUUGGCACCGCUGCGGCGCGUGCCACACCCACUGCCAGCACGCUUGCCAGCGCUGGGGCCUUUGAGGUCGCUGCCCGGCGCCACAAUCGACGAGUCAACCACAGAUCCCCUCGGUGACGACAUUGGCACUGCACCCUUGUCCGCACUCCCACCGCCAAGAAACAUCGCAGCAGCACCACCGCUCCCUCCGCUCCCUCCACUCCCGUUUGGCGCCUCACCCGUACACCGCACUGCGCAGGAGUUGAGCGCUACCACGACGAGGGAGGUGCCCGUGCUUGAUGGCCCACGCGGCGGCGCCCACACCGCUACCAAAGCUGUCUCCAGGAAAACCACAGCAACCUCGUCGUUUAACGUUGACAGCAGUGCCAACAGCGCCAGCACUGCAAGUGUACCGCUCGCGCCAAGUCGCAAGCGCAAGAGUGGCGGAGAGGGUGGCGCCACGGCAGACGGCAUCGUCGUCGUCAGGAAAGGGGCACGCUCCCUCAAACUCUUCAAGACCGUGCUGUUCACCGUCGUUGGCAUGGCAAUCCUGGCCGCCGCCCUCGGUGCCGCCCUCGGCUACACUCGCUCAUCCGAUAACGGUGGCACCAACCCACAAGGGUCCUCCAACAACGACACGGCGACAACCAUAACGCCCUUCAACGCCACCAACAUAACAACAGCAGCAACCUUCUCGCCGUCAACCACGUCAACCUCAAGCACUUCCACCACAAGCACGACAACAAUCCUGGCGUCAUCAUCAGCAGUAUCCUCAACCGUGCCCUUCUCAGUGGUGACCACAACAACAACAGCAACCACUUCCAUGGUGGCGUCAUCAGGAGCAACAUCAUUCUCAACAACAACAGCUGCAACCACUUCCAUGGUGGCGUCAUCAGGAGCAACAUCAUUCUCAACAACAACAGCUGCAACCACUUCCAUGGUGGCGUCAUCAGGAGCAACAUCAUUCUCAACAACAACACCUGCAACCACUUCCAUGGUGGCAUCAUCAGGAGCAACAUCAUUCUCAACAACAACAGCUGCAACCACUUCCAUGGUGGCGUCAUCAGGAGCAACAUCAUUCUCAACAACAACAGCUGCAACCACUUCCAUGCCACAACAACAACAACAACAACAACACCAACAACAACAACAACAACAACAACAACAACAACAACAACAACAACAACAACAACAACAACAACAACAACAACAACAACAACAACAACAACAACAACAACAACAACAACAACAACAACAACAACAACAACAACAACAACAACAACAACAACAACAACAACAACAACAACAACAACAACAACAGCAACCACGGUUCCGGCACCAGAGCGCAAGCUCAGACUACGGGCGCGGCAUCGCCAGCCUCCCACGUGGCAUGCUGUUCCUCGUGGGCGAGACAUACGGCGUGGUGGACACGACGCCCGGCGCAGCCAACGGCGGGUCGCUGGAUGCGUUUGUGCUCCAGCUCAACAGCAGCAGCGGCGCGCUUGUCGCCUCAAGUCAACACGGCGGCGCAGACAGCGAGGGCUUCCAAGACGUGGCAACCUUUGUCGACGGCAGCGGCAACGCCGUCGCAUAUGUGGUCGGCAGCAGCGCCGCGUCAACAUCCGUGAGCGCUGUCAUCCUGUACAAGUUCAACGUCACGACGACUGGCCAUGUGCUCGUGUGGCAGAAGCAGUUCCCCGCCAUCCCCAUCAGCGGCAGCAGCACCAGCAGCGCCAAGGCGCUGGGGCGCGGUGUCGCCGUGGGCAGCGAUGGCAGCGUCGUGUUCGUUGGCUACACGGAUGCCUCCUUCAUUGGGCAGGCGAGCGCAGGCAGCAUGGACGCAUUUGCCGCCAAGAUGACGAGCGAGGGCGCGCUGGUGUGGGUGGUGCAGUUUGGCACGUCCGACUUUGACUAUGGCCGUGACGUGUACGUGCACCCGGCGACUGGCGACGUGUAUGUGGCUGGCUCCACGUACGGCGCGUUUGCGGGGCAGGCCUCUGCUGGUGGCAGCGACAUGUUUGUGGCCAAACUGGACGGCGCAGACGGCACUGUGCUGUGGACGUGGCAGCAUGGCAGCAGUGGCACAGACGUGGCCUAUGGCGUGUCAAUGAGUGGCGACCACGAGGCAAUCUUCCUCACGGGCCACACGUUCGGGUCGCUGGAGACGGGCGUGGCCAACGCAGGCACAUCUGACGUGUUUGUGCUGCGGCUGGAGGAUCCGGCCAACAACAGCUCGGCCAGCGCGCGCACAGUGUCGUGGGCGAGGCAGUUUGGCACGGCAGCAGCCGACACGGCAUACGAGGCGAUCGCCGAUGGCGACGGCUCCGUCAUUGUCACGGGUUCAACAUAUGGAGCGUUGCUCGGCAACACGCACGCGGGCCUGGCAGACAUGUUCGUGCUGAGACUGGCAGGGGAUACGGGGUCGCUGGUGUGGAGCAAGCAGCUGGGCACCGUCGACUCUGACACGGGUGCAGGGAUCACGCGUGUUGCCGACGACAACAACAGCACCAUCACCACCAGCAUUGUCCUCUGCGGCUCCACGCAGGGCAGCAUGGCGCCCAACACAAACCAAGGCCUGUGGGAUGUGCUCGCACUCAACCUCGUGUGA